AUGAGUAAAUAUUUUUUAAAAUAUAUUUUUGUGCCUGAAAAUCAAAAUUUUAUUUAUAAUAGAACGACUUAUAAAUUCUUUAGAGUUGAAGCAUCUUUAUCAGGGUUAAUUAAGGCUUUUUUUCAUAAAACAUUUGUUUUCCAAGGCUAAAAUAAUUCUUAUUGAAUAGUCUAAUAGAAUAGGAGGAAUUAUUCAAAAAAGGAAAGAAAAUUAAUUUAUUUUUGAAGAAAGGUGUUUUUCAAUUAUAAUAGAUAAGUAGUACAAUAGAACAUUAUUUUAUAUGACUGGUAAAAUUGGGCUAUAUUUGUAUCGAUUAAUAUUAUAAUCUAUUAAGUGUGACUAGUAUAAAAAAUUAUUUAGUUAUUAAUAUUGGAAGUGAGAAUUAAAGAGAGUCCAAUAAAGAAGGAAUUUUUAAAACUAUUCAAAUUUAUCAUGAGAAUGAGG